UUUUUCAAACAGCAUGGCAAUAUUGAGAUCAUAACCUCAAAAAUUUGACAGAUACCAACUGAUGUUAUUUCCUAUGUUGAUAAUUUUCAGAGAUUGAAACGAGACUGAUAUUUAGUAAUUUGACCUCAGCCCAAUUUAACCUCUGAAUACUAAAAUAAGAGUAACUUAUAAAACCAUGGACGGUGACUACGAGACGAAAUUACAAGAAUUGAAGAAAAAAAUCAAGAGUUUUCCAGACUUUCCUAAACCGGGGAUUUUAUUCUGGGACAUAUUCUCGGCGCUAGCAGACGGUCCUACGAACAAGAUACUACAAAGUCUACUAGUGCAGACUAUCAAAGCGAAGUUCCCUGAUGUCCAAGCAGUCGUCGGCUUGGAGUCCCGAGGGUUUCUGUUCUCCUUCUCCAUCGCUGCCGAGCUCGGCAUAGCUUGUCUACCGGUCAGGAAGAAAGGCAAGCUGCCUGGAGAAGUCAUAUCUUACAAGUAUGAUCUAGAGUAUGGAUCGGACGUUCUAGAAAUUCAAAAGGACUCUGUGCAGCCGGGUCUGAAGUGCGUCAUAAUAGACGAUCUGAUAGCCACGGGCGGCUCCAUCACGGCCGCCACGCAUUUACUGAACCGCUGCGGCGCUGACGUCAUCGGCUGCUUGCUCGUCAUUGAGCUCACGGCGCUCGGCGGCAGACAAUGCAUUCCUAAAGGUAUACCUGUACAUUCCUUGAUCACAUAUGAGUAGGUAGUGACAUUUGUUAUUGUAAGGUACUUUUUUGACCUAAUAUGCAGUGACGGAUUAUGUUAUUGUGAAUGGGCACUAUAGCUUAUUCUAAGGGUCCUUGAUUUUAAAUAAAAAAAAAAACUCUUAGGGUCGAUUUAUACUAGCGCAGUGUCGAAGCGCAUCGAAACGUGUAUAUCCAAAACGGAACGUAACAAAUUCAACCUUACCUCCACGGCGUAACGCACACAUGAGAUUUUAAAAUGGCGCGCGCAUUCGUCGGCAUUCGCGCGUCUGCGCGCGAACAAAGCCUCGACUCUGCGCUAGUAUAAAUUGACCCUUACGCUGUGGAGUUAAAGUUGAAUUUGUUAUGUGCAGUUUUGGAUAGACGCUUCGAUGCGCUUCGACUCUGCGCUAGUAUAAAUCGACCCUUAGAGCAAAAGUGGGUUUGGCCAAGAGCAAGUAGCAAUUAUUACUACUUAGGUACCUACAUGGUUAAUCCGUCACUGCCAAUACAGACCUUACUUUCUAAGCAUUAAAAGCUACUUUUGUAGUACAAUCGAAUGUUCUAGAUUUUCUACUGUUUUUAAACUACGUCACCUUUUGUUGGACAUAGAAAUGUACCUUAUAAUUUACUAUCGGUUUUAUAUAAAACUAAAAAUAGGUUAAUUGUUACAAAAUUAUGUUAAUUAUAAUGAUGAUGUUUUAAUAUUAAUUAAUUAUGGGUAUCGUGCAGUGGUACAAACGUACUAAUAAUAGCCAGUCGUACUGUCUGUCGGUUGAUUUACCUGCUAGUGUUUAUAUGUACUUGAUUAUAGCUACAUAGCAACGAAC